CGGAAGUGUUUAAAAACCUCGUUUGUUUCUUGCUCUCGAUUUAUUUGCUUUACAAUGUAAGAUAAAUGUGUCAAAGAAAGAUCAUUGGUACCGAAUCUUUAACUGGAAAGUGACGCAAUGUUUCUAUGAGCUGUGAAGCAUGGCUUGCUGCCCGACCGAAGUGAAAUAUGGCUACGAAGACUGUCGAUUUGAGAAAGAUGUUGACGAAAAUUUUCAUUGUUCUAUCUGCUACAAUGUUCUUAAAGAACCAAGGACGUGUAGGAAUAAUGAUCACAUCUUUUGUCUUGCCUGCAUCACUCAACAUCUAAAGGUGAACUCUCAAACUUGUCCUGAAUGUAAUGAGCAUUUGAGCGUCGAUACGCUUCGUCGGCCGCGUGUGUUGAGCAAUUAUUUGUCUAAACUAAAGAUAAAUUGUGAUCAUGCCAGUCGAGGAUGUCCUCAGUUUACCUGUCUUGAAGAUCUCAAAACUCACGUGGCGAAUUGUGGCUAUGCACCUGUGUUGUGUUCAAAUGCAGAGUGUGGUAUGGAGAUUAACAAGCAAGAUAAGGUCCAUCAUGAAACUGAAGUUUGUGAUUAUAGAAAAGUGACAUGUCAUGACUGUGGGCAGAUACAGGAAGAUGUCGGAACAUUGAAAGGAAGUUUAAUGGAACUGGAUGGGAAAGUGGAAGCAGUGAAGGAAAUCAAUAAGGAAAUGAACGAAAAAGUGAAGGAAAUCAACGAAAAAGUGGAAGCAGUGAAGGAAAUUAAUGGAAAAGUGGAAGCAGCAGUGAAGCAAAUAAACGAAAAAGUGGAAGCAUCAAGUGGACAAACGAAGAAGGAAAUCGGGGAAGUUAAGAAAGAAGUCAAAGAUAUGAAGGACAAUCUUUCCAAAGUGAACAAAGACGUGGACGAAGUCAAAGUCAUGAUGAUUCAAAUGUUAGAGAAGUUAAAUAUGCUUGAACUGCUGAACAAACUGCCAUCUCCGACUGAGGGAAUGUUGAACACACCAAGAGAGGAUAUUUUGAUUGCAGGUGGAUAUGGAGGGCAUUCAAGUAGUUCUGGCAAAAGUACGGAAAUAUAUUCCUGGGAGAAAAAUGGUUGGGUUGAGGUGUCGCCAAUGAAUGACGACCAUAAAGGAGCUUCAUCAUUUACCCACAAAGAUCAGUUCUUUGUUGUCGGGGGAGGUGGUAGAAAGGCAAUAGAGACCUUGAAUCUCGAUGAAUUACCUUUGAAAUGGACGAAAUUUCUUGGGGAACUGCCUUAUAAAUAUUUUCAUGAUCAAACUGUUGUUUACCAGCAGAGUAUCAUUCACAUUGGUGGAUAUGAAUGGAUCAAAGGAUAUUCUAACGUGAUUAGUGAAUUGCAACUUACUUCACCUUGCACUAUGAAAGAGUUGUGUCAAAUGCCUCAACCACGAGGACAUCAUUCCGCUGAGGUACUUGAAGAUAAAGUGCUGAUUUUAGGAGGAUUUAACUCCGUCAAGAUUACAAACAGUGUAUUGGAGUUUGAUCCAAAAAGGAAUAAAUGUAAAGAGAUGCCAAAAUUACCGUCUGCCUUGAGGAGAAUGGCAACAGUUCGCUGGAGGGAUGAAGUAGUUGUGCUUGGAGGUUGUGGUAAGGAUGACAAAGUUCUGAAUGAUGUUUUCAUGUACAACUCCAAGACUGGCAAAACCACAGCCUUACCAUCCAUGUUGGAGAAGAGAUGUAACUGUUGUGCAGUUAUUACUGGAAAUACCAUUGUAGUGAUGGGAGGUAGGAAUGAGAAAGAUGAAUAUCUCAGUUCAGUGGAGUGUUUUAGAAUGGGAGGUUCUACAUGGGAGUAUCUUCCUGCCAUGAACAAUCCAAGAUACGAAGCAGUUGCUGAUGUUUUACCUUCCACACGAAAAUAUGUGUAA